CUACGGUGUCUAUAGAUAUCAUUGUCACCCUCCGUGUGAUCUAAAUUUCCUCUUCAUAUAUAGCCUCGUGCAGUCCGGAUAAUCGACUCCCCGACUUCCCCAACUCGGAGUUAACCGCCUUAUUGGUUUAUCCGUUUCAAUUUGGAUUGACCGGGAUAAUGAUAUCCCGGGGUGCACGUGAUAUACAUCGCGGCCACCAUCAACCGCGAUCAUGAAAAGACAGACUCCUUCAAUCACUUCGUCAAGCCAAUAAAUCCUCGAAAAUGCAUGAAUCUAGGGCCAGAAGGCUUUCUUUAGAAAGCGCCAUUGACCCCGGAAAGCAAAAUGAGCCUGCCAUCCCGGACCCUCCGCCCAUCCAUCCAUCCUUCAUCCAAGUAGCCAAGCCUUAUAUCCUCGAGCAGACCAUCCAGGAUUGUAUAGCAGCCAUGGGGGUAAAUCCUCUUCGUGAAGAAGCGCUACGGCUUCAAGGUGUCACUUGGAUUGACAAUGUGCGCCGGGUUCUUCAUCUGCCUAUCCGGACAUUCAAUACCGCAGUGGUGUAUUAUCACAAGUUCCGGUUAAGUCAUCCGGAUAUUGAAUAUAAUUAUAUGGAUGCUGCUGCGGCCGCGUUAUUUACUGCCUGCAAGAUUGAAGACACGCUCAAGAAGUCCAGAGAGAUUGUUUGCGGCGCAUAUAAUCUAAAGCGCUCUCCAGCAGAGCAGAUGUCUCCUGAUGAACAGAUUUUCGAAGUGCAUUCCCGGGGCAUCAUCGGACUCGAGAGACUUAUGCUUGAAGCAUCGGGGUUCGACUUUCGAACCCGGCAUCCGCAAAAACCGCUCAUCAAGUUGGCUAGACAUUACGGCCUAACUCAGCAAUCAGAAAUAUCCCGGGUUGCUUACCGUAUUUCGCAAGAUCUCUAUCGCACUUUUGCGCCUAUUAAGCAGACUACAUCCACCAUGGCCUUCGCUUGUCUGGAAUUGGCAGGACGGUUAUUGAAUCAACGAAGUGAGGCGGUGGAAUCGGGAGUAGAUUACGAGCAAUGGAGAACCAGUCGAGAAGAGGUUAUGGAAACUCUCUUCGACUUACUAGAACUCUACACCCACCAACGUGGAGCAACCACAGUCGGACCGCAUUUCCCCCCAGACCGAUUCCUCACCGUCCGCAUCCCUUUAAACCAAGAAGCGGAAGCACAGAGUUUACCACGAUACACUCACUGGGCUGAAAGAAAAGACACGAGCACUAAAACCAUUAACGGUUUCAAGCUAAGCAGCAAGGACGCGAUGCCUGAAAAGGGAGGUGUCCACCCACUGACGCCAGUCGCAGCAAAUGACGACAGACCUAAUCCUGGUGAACGAGGACGAGAUGGUGCGGUACGUUUUAUGAUCGACCCAGAGUGUGCGGAUGCAGAGAAGUCGAAGGUCAUGCAGUACUUCAAGGUUGAGAUGGAGGAGUAUGAAGUUGAGGAUGAAAGAUGAUGCGGGCAUCUGCAUUGUUGAUUCACGAACAAUGCAUUAUCGUUCGUCUUGCACAUCUACAGGCUAUGUGUGGACUAUCUACAGACCAGUUACUCAAGACUCCUGGGGGCCAUCUAAUCCGGAGCGAACCCGCGAGACUGGCAUCGUGCAGAAUAACCGGCACAUACACUGUCUCACUGACAAUGUGCCGAUACCCUACCAAGAUCUGCAAGAAAGUUAGAGGAUUGGAACAAUACUCAUUGAGUACAUUGAGGCGUGAUAUCUCAAUGUAGUGAAUUAGAUGUGUUUGUAUAUAAUAAUGAAAGCUUAUUCACAUGGAGCAGAUCUUAGUUGAAUGACUACUUCACUGCUGGCAGUGGCUAAUAUCCAAACCCAAUACUCCUCUUCUAACCUGAGAGCUCAUCUACCU